UAUUAAUACAUAAUUAAAACAUUCUGCUUAUAAAAUACCAUACAUGAAAUUUAAUAAAUACAUACCUUCAUAUAAUUAUUUAGCUGUAUGCAGGGCUACUAAGUGUCAUAAAAAUUUCACAUAGAAAAUAUACAAAGAUAUAAGAUACAUGUCCCAGCAGAUAAAACAGAGCUUAGGGACCUGUAGUAGAUGACAACAGUUCUUAAGAAAAAAUAUGUAUGAAAACUGAUUUAGCAGUCAAAGAUGAACUUAUAUUAAAAAUUAGCUUUGUAUUAUUUGGAGGAAGACUACAGGCUACACACAUGCAGCAGCACCCUGGAAAGACUAAACACAUUUGGUUAAUAAAAGUAAUAUACAAACAACAAACCAAUAUGUAAAUUAUAAUGAAAAAGAUAUAAUUCGUCCCGAUUGUCCAAAGUUCAUCAGGUCUAAGUGGGAAACGAUCUAAUUUUAAGAGAGUAUAUGGAAGCAAAACUAUAGUCAUUAGGUUAUCAUGUUAUCGUGUAUGAUACAGUAUUCCAAAAAAAUCAUCAAACUUGCAAUAUUUUUCCUGUUGGUUUAUUAUUGUAAUUUACAGGCAUUCCAAUGAUAUAUGCACUGAGCUAUAAAUUCUAUGUUUGGAAUACUAUGUCCCUAUCAUUUUUUUCUAUGUGAUGAAUUGACACAAACGAAAACCACAUUGCAUUCCCUUGUAGAAUGCUAUAAACUGUAGCUGCUUGUAGUAGAUUUAGGUUACGAUUGGCAAACUAAUAAAAUUAUGUCAAAGCUAUAUCACUGCUAUAUCAUAUUGUGUCAAAUGAGUUCAUUAAGGAUGUAGUUAGGUCAAAUUAAAAAAAUCUGGAAUUCAAAAUUGAUCCUAUUAACCAGAAAAACAAAAUAAGCUACAUCUUGAUAAAUUAUUGAACUCCAUUUUACUGAUAUCUGAAUUAGAAAAAAAUGGCGGGAAAAGGCUGACUCGGACUUUUACCAUAUUUUUAGCAUAUGCAUUUUUUUGUUUUAAAAUCUUAUGAAAUAAAACCUAGAAUCUGCUUAAAUUUUGGUAAUGAACUUUUAAGCGCUAUGUUAGUCUACUAUGAAAAGAAAAGUGGGUAAUAUGAGGCAAAAUAGUUUACCUUAUAUCAUGAGGAAAAAAAUACAGAAGGAGUCUUAACAUUAAUUUUAUGAAACAUAGGUCUCCGCACUUAAUCCUCAUUUUUGUUCGGUUGUUUAUAUGUCGCGUGUGGGAGAUCUGACUACAGCCGCUUAAGGGUCAUGUCUAGGGUCAAAUUUUCUGUAGCAAAUCAACGAAACUGCUUCAAAAUGUUAGGGUAUUGGACUUGCAUAGGGGUCGUACUAGCGUCUAGAGUAAUUCCGAAUGUAGAAUAACAAAAAUGGCAGUCCCCAUGCGAAAGACAUUUUAUAAACUGAAACUGUAAAAGCAGUUUCUUUUAUAGCCUUCCGAGAUUAAAUGGCAUCAAGUGAAGUGUGUACGCCAAGGAAAAUAUCCGUAAGAACGAAGAGUUGUGUUUUUUGCGGUUUUUCCUUCAUUCAGAUAGAAAUCUCCUCAUCGAGUCGUAACUGGUUUUUAAGUAAACGCCGAUGUAGACAAGGUAAUGGCGUCUACAUUAAAUAUUUCAGAAAAGUUCAACAGUCAAUGAAAUUAAAGAAAAUGCAAGAAGAACUAGUUGCAUCUUGGUUAAAAAUACAACAAACUAUCCUUAAUUUACCGUCGCCUAGAAAAUUUCAAACUGAGAAAAGGAUGUUAAGAUCUCCAGCAAGUACACAAUCUUCAAAACAAAUGAAAAUAUUCCCGGUACAAUCGUUACGCCCCUAUGCAGUAUACCAAGUUUUGAAUCCAGUCUGACAAAAGCAACUUAUGUAACAAGUGGUAAACUACAUCUAGUGACAGUUCCUUUUCAAAUAUCAUUGACCCAAGGCCAGAAAUAACAAUCAGUAACGCGCGACAUAUAAACAACCAAACGAAAAUGAGGAGCAAGUGCGUUGAACUAAUUUUGAUUAAUUGAAAUAUCUGACAAAAAUUCAUAAACCCAAAAUGAUGACAUUCUUAAAGCCGUAGACUUGUUAAAUUAGUUGCAUACUGUGAAAGGCAGUUAUAUAUUAAUGCUAAAUAAAAAUAUCUCUUUCUGUGCUUUGCUUCUCAAACUAACAGAUUGAAUUAAUCAGUGUGGCUAUGAACUGAAGCUGGUAUGCAUAUUUUAGUUUGUUAUUUAGCUGGGAUGAUUUGGGGAAUGUUUUUGAAAAGUGAAUGAUUUCAGGAUGUCGUUUCAUCCCUAGUUUGGACUUGUAGCAAUAUUUUUCUAAUGUAAGCUCAUGGUCAAGGGACACAAAAUAUAUGAUUAAAUUUCAAAUUUCAAAAAAUUACCAAACAUUAAAGCAAUACAACAUUCUUAAACGAAGAGAUUGGACAAAAUAAUUCAAAACGAAUUUUAAUUAUUACACAACACAAUGUUUAUAUAUGAAAAUAGAAUUAUGUCAAAUAUUUGUUUUUCGAUAUAAGCACAAGAAUGAUGCAUCAAAAUGACUAAAAGGAAGCAGAUAUCCAAACAUAAAUGCUUCACAAUGUCCCUAAGGCCAAUAGACUAAUAGAUUAUUUUUAAGAAUUUUCCUAUGAAAAUUUAGGUUUUUUUUUCAAUUUUUUCUCGGAAAUUAUUUUUCCUUGUAUAUUUCAUGAUGUAAAUGGUACAAGAAUAUAUUUCUGGUGCGUUACAAUUUGAGAUGAACUUGAGUUGUACAGCGUACAAAUUGGACUCAAAAUGAUAAUUUCAUCGACAAUGAUGCGUUUAUUUGAAAAAUUCAUAAAUGCUGAGAACAAAACCCAUACUUGAGAUAAAAAGAUACAGAUAGAUUUUGAAUACCACUUGAAAAACGUCAUCGGAAAUGUCAUGACAUUGUUGAAUUGUGAUGUUGAGGUUUAAUGUUCUUGGUCAGAUUGGAAGUGAGGAAAUGGAAUAAUAGGUUGAGGUUCAAUAUUCGUUGUCAGAUUAAAAGUGAGGAAUUGGAGUAAUAGGUUGAGGUUCAAUGUUCAUUGUUAGAUUGUGAGAUUCAAUGUUCAUUGUCAGAUUGGAAGUAAGGAAAUGGAGUAAUAGGUUGAGGUUUAAUAAUCAUCGUCAGAUUGGAAGUAAGGAAAUGGCGUAAUAAGUUGAGGUUCAAUAUUCCUUGUCAGAUUGGAAGUGAGGGAAUGGAGUAAUAUGAUGAGUUUCAAUGUUAAUUGUCAGAUUGGAGGUCAGGAAAUGGAGUAGUAGGUUGAGAUUCAAUGUUCAUUGUCAGAUUGGAAGUGAGGAAAUGGAGUUAUAUGUUGAGGUUUAAAGUUCAUUGUCAGAUUGGAGGUCAGGGAACUGAGUAAUAGGUUGAGGUUCAACGUUCAUUGUCAGAUUAUAAGUGAGGAAAUGGAGUAAUAGGAUGAGUUUCAAUGUUAAUUGUCAUAUUGGAGAUCAGGAAACGGAGUAAAAGGUUGAGGUUCAAUGUUCAUUGUCAGAUUGGAAGUGAGGAAAUAGAGUAAUAUGUUGAGUUUCAAUGUUCAUUGUCAGAUAAGAGGUAAGCAAACGGAGUAAUAGGUUGAGGUUUAAUGUUCAUUGUCAUAUUAUUAGUCAGGAAACGGAGUAAAUGGCAUAUCGAUUAAAUUGUCUGUUUCAUCAACAAAAUAAUGCUGUUUUCUGAAGUUUUUAAGUUAAAGGAUUUUUUAACAAAAUAAAUAUCAUCCAUCUUAAAUCAUAAACACAAAAGAAUGUCAGACACCAAAAAUGAUGUUUUUACCCACACAUUUCAUUAAAAGAAUAAAACAUUUAACUCGCCGAUCCUCUAUUUUCAUCUUGAAAAUCCUUGAAACAAAAUGUGACCUAAAACUAGAUAAAACAAAAGACACAUCAAUACUAUCAAAAGAAAAAAAUGUUCAACGACAAAUACAUUAGAGCAAUUAAACAUGAAGAAAAUAGUACACUCACGUCUUCUAACAUUUGUAUAACAACAUUUACUUAUCUGUAAAAAAUGAAAAAUUGUGUAAUGGAACAUGAUAGUUCAAUUCUUAUAAACCCAUUAUUUCACAGGUGUCUUCUUCUUGUUAUGUCACUAUAAAAAAUCUUUUAUUAUGAGUAAAUACUUUUACAAUUGUAAAUAUGUUAACAAGUGGUAAACAAAUAAUUACACUACUAGCAAUAAUAACUAUUUGAUUUCAUGAUAUAAACAGAACUUUAUCUCUAAGAGAUUGUUCUUUUUCUCUCUGAAGUUUGGAAAAAGAUAAUAUGAUACCUAUAUGCAAUAAAGAACACGCACAUACAAUGCUAUGAAUACAAACUCUAUAGCUCAACAUAGUGAAAGCACAAACAACAGUCUUCACAACACUAACAAGUAAACUAAAGAUUGCAGUUUAAGUUUAUUUCCCUAACAUAUUGUCAUUUUACCCGAUGAGUUUAUCAAUUUUGAUUUUUUCAUCCUAUCUGUUGUUUUAAAUUUUCAUUAAAUGGAGAAUUGUUUGAUGGAGAGUUAAACAAAAAAUG